GAAGAACUGAUCUUCCAUUCUACUGUCCACCAUCUGAUCACAUUCAACACCUUUAGGAGAUAAAUCCCAUUCUUCUGAAGGCCUUGUGAAUCAGAAGGAAGGGAGGAAACUUUCUGAAGGAUGAAGCAUCUGCCUUUGAUAUUUCUUCUGCUUUUGCUGUUGGUACAGAAGAAUGGGGUUCCCGCUGAGGCGCAGAAAGAUUUUGUUAGGAUUAGAGGGUUGCAUUUUGUGAUAAAUGGAUACCCAUUUUAUGCCAAUGGGUUCAACGCUUACUGGUUGAUGUAUGUGGCCUCAGACCCUUCUCAGAGGGGUAAGGUUACCUCUGCAUUUCAGCAGGCGUCUAGCCAUGGUUUGACAGUGGCAAGAACAUGGGCUUUCAGUGAUGGUGGGUAUGGAGCACUGCAGUACUCUCCUGGUGUUUAUAAUGAGCAAAUGUUCAGGGGGUUGGAUUUUGUUGUUUCUGAGGCAAGAAGGUAUGGAAUCAAGCUGAUUUUGAGUCUAGCCAACAACUAUGACAGCUUUGGAGGGAAGAAGCAGUAUGUCUCGUGGGCGAGAAAUCAGGGGCAGUAUUUAAGCUCUGAUGAUGAUUUCUUUAGGAACCCAGUUGUUAAAGGAUAUUACAAGAACCAUGUUACGAGGGUACUCACAAGGGUCAACAGCAUAACUGGAGUUGCUUAUAAGGAUGACCCGACAAUCUUUGCAUGGGAGCUAAUGAACGAACCGAGAUGCACAAGUGACAACUCCGGCGCAACUGUUCAGGCAUGGAUUACAGAAAUGGCAGCUCAUGUGAAAUCCAUUGACCGCAACCACCUGCUGGAAGCUGGAAUCGAGGGCUUCUAUGGGCCCUCCUCACCUAGGAGGUGGCAGUUCAACGCAGGCGUCCAAGUUGGAACAGAUUUCAUCAGAAACAAUCAAGUUCCGGGCAUAGACUUUGCGACGGUUCACUCGUAUCCUGACAUAUGGCUGGAGAAUUCAGGUGACGCAGCCCAGUUCUCCUUUUUGAACAACUGGUUGGAUGCCCACAUUCAAGACGCACAGAAUGUCCUGAGAAAGCCGCUUUACUUUGCAGAGUUUGGCAUAUCGAGCAGGAAGUCGGGCUACAGUGUUGACAAGAGGAACAGAAUAAUGCAAAUGGUUUACGGCAAAAUAUAUGCCUCUGCGAGAAGCGGCGGGUCCGGUGCAGGUGGGCUCUUCUGGCAGUUGCUUGCGCCCGGAAUGGACUCCUACAGAGAUGGGUAUGAGAUUGUUCUGAAUGAAGACCCCUCAACUUCCAAUCUCAUUGCUCAGCAGUCUUACAGACUCAAGCAGUUCAGCAGAUUGCUCGCCAGAGAUAUAAAUGUCAGGAGGUGGAACAGAGCACAGGCCCUCAGAAGAGCCUGGUGGUCCAGCAGAUCAAAAGUUGGUAGGCCGGGUAAGUGAAAGGAAUGGCUGGAAAGAAAAAGUGGAAUAGAUUUCAGGUGCUGGUAGUGGUGUGCUGGUAAGCUGAUUCUCACUUUGAGAUGUCUGUUAUUCAUCCAAGAGGGUUCAGCAAAUAUAUGUGUUGUUUGUUGUAUCAUUUGCCAAGUAAUCAUAUUGGUGCAUGAGAGUAGGGACUAUAAAAGGUCAGUCUUAUUUUCAAAUGUUUAACAGCAGAUAUGCUGAGCCUCACUAUGAGGAUGCAUGGUGUUCAUCCAAGAGGUUUCAGUGCAUAUAUAAGCGUUUUCUGUAAAACUUUUACUGGUAUACGAAAGCAGAGACUGCUUUUCAUGUU